AACAUCGCCCCAAAGACACCACCUGGCAAGGUGGUGACCAUUCUGUACGCCAUCAUAGGCAUCCCGUUGAUGCUACUCUGCCUGUCCAACAUCGGCAACAUCCUGGCGCAUAGCUUCAAGUUUUUCUACGCACACGUCUGCUGCCUGCUCUGUCGACGGGCAGACGCCGCUGCUGCAAAGAUCCAGGCGUCAUCGACGGCAAAGACGCCAUCCCAAAUACCUUCAGAGGUUCUCGAUGCCGUGGUGACGGUGGCCAACAACGUCUCCUAAAGGAGACAACAAUGGCAGUGUCACGGGCAUGCUGACCGAAAAGAGCGGACGGCCACCCGAGCUGUCACCGCCGCCGAGUCCCGAGAAGCUGGCCGCGUCUCCCUCUUCUGCGAAUGAGCUGCCGUCGAAAAGACCCACCAAGGAGUCAACGCCCGUGUCCCAGGAGCGUAUCCCGGUGUACCUGGUGCUUCUGCUGGUGGGCGGCUACGUCUGUUUCGGCGCCACGCUCUUCUCGGUGUGGGAGGAGUGGAGUUUCCUGGACGGCGCCUACUUCAGCUUCAUCACGCUCAGCACCAUCGGGUUCGGCGACAUCGUUCCUGGUUCGCACCUGCUCGAACAGGGUGCCACCUCGGGCAGCGGACAGGCGAAGCUCAUCAUCUGCUGCUUCUACCUCGUCUUCGGCCUCGCCAUCAUUGCCAUGUCCUUCACGCUGGUCCAGGAGGAAGUGGUGCUCAAAUGCAAGGACCUCGUGCGCACGCUCAAGGCGCUCGUCUCUUCGGAGGAAUCCGCCACGACGCCCGCCGCGACUUCCUAGCCCGCAGGGC